UAAUUAUAUUAGUAUUAAUUUACACUGUAGUAUUGUUUUUAACCAUAUGCGUUCAAAUAAUUAUUUUUGAAUUUAAAAAUUGAACUGCGAUAUGCGCACUAUAAAAUUCCAAGCGACUGUGUUAUGAGUAAGAACAUGCCAGCGACUGAAGUUGCAUAAAAACGGCCUUCAUAAAUUGACAGAUGAACCAGAGCUGAUUGAUUUUUAAAGAAAAUAAAUAACAAAAAAUUUUGUUGGAGUGAAAAAAAUAAAAACGUUCUGGAGAAAAUCGAUAAAAUAACUGGGGAAAAAAAAAACAUUUUGAGACUGUAGAUGUUUUAUAUUUUAUGUUAGAAAUCUAAGUCCUAGAACUAUUCUGUAUUAAAGAUGAGUGGAGAAGUAGUUAAUCUAAAUGAAAAGAUCAACCACGAAUGCACAUUGGUCAUUCAAGAAAUGAAUGUGUGGACUAUUUCUGAGAUUUUUAGUAUUCAACAAAGUUUGGAUUUCAAAUUCAAUAUUUCCGCUCGAAAAAAUACAAUAUCCAGAUUAGACAUUAAAGUAACAAAAUUUCCUACUAAAUAAGCGAUUGCAAUCAUCGAAUUAACAAUAGAUGAUAUGAUGCCAAUCAGAAAAGACGUUAGUAAUUGGACAGCUGAUGUUAUAUUUGAAAAUUUGAUGAUCCCAUUGAACUGUCAUAAGUGUAUUUCAAGUAAUAGUUAUAACAAUCGUCAAAAAAAUACUUGGGAAAUGUGUAAUAAGAAAUCAACGUGUCAUGAAUAUGAGAUACCAAUAACUUGUUCAAUAGUUUGGCAUGCAUUUACCGAUGACACAUUGAACGCAAAGCUAUACAAAAAUAUGGAAGCUUAUUUCAAAAAUUCAGAAUUCAACGACGUGAAAAUCCGAGCAAAAAAUAAUGAAGAAUUUCCAGCUCAUAAAAUUAUUUUAGCUUCCAACAGUUCAGUAUUCAAACAAAUAUUAACAACAGAUAUGAAAGAAAAAAAAGAAGACUGUAUUAAUUUUCUGGAACUCGAUGCUGAUAUUGUUAAGGAGUUACUUUACUUUUUAUAUCACGAAAAAUUGGACAAGGCUGGUGACAUCAGUGCUAUUUUAUCGGAGUUAGUAAAAGUUGCUGAUAUGUACUGCAUAUCUGAGUUAAAGCGUGUCUGUGACUUAUCACUCAGUAACAAAUUAUCAAUUGAUAAUGUUAUGUCAUUAUUGAAAUUAUCUGAAACUUAUAAAUUACCUAUUUUGCAACAACGGGCUUUGAUUUACAUCGCCAAUAAUAUAAAUUCAUUAUGUUCACAGGAAAAGUAAAUUAUUGUUUUAUUCUCUGGUAGAUAAAGUUUUUUUUUUUUUUAAUUUUUCUACUUAAGGUAGUACCUCCACGAAAAGCAUACUUCAAGAAACUUAUGGAAUUUUUUUUAUCGAAAGAUAAAUAUAUUAAUAAUUCACCACCAAAAUUUCAGAUCAAUUCACCGCACC